UCGAAUAUUAUCAUUCGUUGUAUUGCUUUCGUUUAAGUAAUAUGGGCGUUCUAAGGCAAGCCGGCCUGUUGGUCGUGAUGUUGGCAGCAGUUGUGCUUCCAUUCACCUGUGCUCAAAGGCUGAAGGAUAAAGACUGGAGCAACAUGAUAGUGGGUGGUAUGAAGGUGGAAAUUGAAGCAGUACCUUACCAGGCGGCAAUGUUGUUCUCGGACUCGGUGGAAUGUGGUGGAAGCAUUAUCGGACCGCGCUGGAUUCUAACGUCGCGCCACUGCAUCAACCAGCACGAACCGGUCAACUAUGCAUUUGCAGUGGGCAGCACCGACCCAUACAAGGGCAAAAUAGUAAAGGUGGAGAAGUUCUUUGUUCCUCCGGAAUCGUCGAACGAUGAUAGAUACGAUAUAGCGUUGGCCAAGCUGGCAGAAUCGUUGCAGUACAGUAAAGCAGUGCAGUGUAUUCCGCUACUAUCGUCGAAGGAUGCAAUCGUCCCUGGAAAACAGGCGUACAUCUCUGGCUUUGGAGACACAGAGGAGAACAAUGCUGAAGUAGUGUUAAAGGCCGCCACUGUCGAAGUGCUACCGUGGCAAACCUGUCAGCAAGUUUAUCCUGAUGUGAUGCGCGAGUUUAUGCUGUGUGCCGGGAUUUUGUCUGGUGGAGUGGACUCGUGCCAGGGUGACUCGGGUGGCCCGUUGGUGCUGGAUAACCAGCUAGCUGGAGUGGUCUUCUACGGAAAAGGCUGCGCGGAACCAAACCUUCCGGGUGCGUACAUAUCGGUACCGUGGUUCUACGAUUGGAUUGUUGGCAUAGUAAGCAACCAGUUAAAUGCUGAAGAACAAGAGCUUUGUAGUGCAACACAAUAGGAAUAAUAAAAUAUUGAAGUCUG